GAGAAAGGAGAGAGAACCAGGAGGCGGGGAGAGGAGAGAGAGAGGACUGAGCAAGGAGAAGGCCGAGCUGAGGGGGAGGGUGGGCAACGCAGAGCAGGGAGAAGCGUGCAGAGGCUGGAGGAAAUGGAGACCAGGUAAGACGGAGACUGAGCCAGCGGCAACACGGCAGGAUGGGGAGAGAGAACCAGAAAGAUGGAGACGGAGCCGGAGACAGUGAGAGCAAGACAGACGAGCGCUGGACAGAGGCGGAGGCUCUCGGGUGCACAGACUCAGCCCAGGGGUGGGGAAGCGUGGGUGCUGGUCCCGCCACCUUGCGGGCCUGGCCCCUCCCACUCACCAGCUGACUGGGGCUCAGCCUUCCCACCUGCAAAAUGGGGGUGCUGAUGGCACCUUGAGCCCCUGCCUGCCACAUGACAGAGGCCUGGGGUGGCAUCAGCGCUCAGGGAUCCUAGCUGUCAGUGUUGUGCAUGAUGAGAGGCCAAAGGAAGGGAGGAGAGCGGGGAAAAAAUACCCAGAAAGGCAUGACGGUUUUGUAUCCCGUGGGCGGUCUCCACACCGGUCCUGGAUUUCUGAAUCUGACAGGUAGGUAGGGAACUGUCUUGUCCAAGGGACCAAACUCCACAACAGGUGAGGUUCCCUCUGACCCGGGAUCCAGGAAGCCAGGCUGUGUCUUCUCCAAGGAGGCAGGCCUGGCCGGACUCCCAGGUCUGAGGGAGGGGGCUGGGGGGCCUGGCUUCCUGGGUCCCCAGUGGAGAAGGGGGCUGUGGACUUGGACUUCUGAAUCUGGGGGAGGAGAGGAGGCUAGGGGGCCUGGAUUGCGGGGACCUGUGGGGAGGAAGGGGCCUGGGGCCUGAAUUCUUGGGUCCCUGGUGAGGAAGGGGCCGAGGGGCUGACUCCUGGGUUCCUUGGGGAGGAGGGGGCCGGGGGCCCGCAUUCCUGGGUCCUGGCACCCACCCGUAGAACCGACCUUGCGGGGCCUUCGCCGCACACAAGCUCGUGUCUGUGGGUCCGUGUCGGGGGCUCACCAUCGCGGCUGGGGCCUCCCCGGCCCUCCCCGCCCUCCCUGGCCCCCGUCUGUCCGUCCAGUCCAUCCGUCUGUCUGUCCACCUGCCGCGCCCCCCGGGCUGAGGUAGGAGGUUGUAUAGUUGAGGAGGACACCCACGGAGAUCACUAUACGGCCUCCUAGCUUUCCCCAGGCUGCGCCCUGCACGGGACGGCCCGGCGGGGACCCCUGACCCCGGUCCCCUGCCCCACCCCGCCAGGCUGGGGAGAGGGGCUGCCGCAGGGAUCGUGGGAGGAGAGGCUGGGCUGUUCCUCGUGUCCUCGUCCCUACAUUCCUUCCUGCCCCUUCCCUCAAAGAGUUUCUCUCCCAUCAAGAUAUCUCUGUUUUGCUUCCUCUCUGUCUCUCCAUCUCUGCUGGGUCUGUGCACAGUGACCUCUGAGACCCUGUCUCCAUCUGUCUCUUAUGGUGCUUUCUGGGUCUCUGACGCUCCCCAUGUCUCUCCAUGGCUUGGUUUCUGUCUUUCGGGCCCUCACGGUGUCUCUGUGCCAUGUCCAUUUCUGCUGCACCCCACUACCACACCCCAGGGCUUGGCGGGCCCCUGCACACCGUACUGCCGGCCUCCGGGUCCCUGAGACCCUUUAACCUGUGAGGACGUCCAGGGUCACAGGUGAGGUUCUUGGGAGCCUGGCAUCCGGCCCAGCCAUCAGCCUGGGGUCCGACCCCUGACCCCUGACCCAACACACCCUUCCUCCCUGAAAACCCUGGAACCUGACAUUGGACUGGAGACUGCAACCUGACCUCUGACCCUGUAUCUUGAGCCCCUCCCCCACACCACUGUGACCUCACAAAAGUCUCCAGCUUCUCCACAGGCUGAGACCCUCCGCUAUGGCCCUUCUGGCCGCAGGGAGCGCUGUGCCGUCCGCCCUGGUGGCCCUCACGGUCUUCCGGGCCUCCGCCUGGGCCUGUCUCCUCUGCUUCACGUCUUACAAUGAGCGCCUCCAAAUCUGCCAGAUCUUCGUCGGCCUGGAGAGCCCCGACCUCGAGAAGUGUGAGGAGGCCUUAACAGAUGCCUUUAAGGGCCUCCAGGACACUGAAAUCAGUGAGGAGACACCCCACAUCCUCCAGGGCCCCGAGGGGGGCAUGUGGAGGGAGGGACCAGAGAGGCCUGGAGAGACUGAGGGGAACAAAGGCUCAGAGACAGGAGGAUGGAGACUUCGCGGGGGCCAGAGACUCAGAGAUGGGAGGACAGAGGCUUUGCAGGGGCCAGAGACGGGAGGACAGAGGCUUUGCGGGGGCCAGAGGCUCAGAGACGGGAGGACAGAGGCUUUGCGGGGGCCAGAGGCUCAGAGAGAGGCAGAGAAAGGUCCACUUUGGGGAUGUGGUGUUGGGGAACCGCUUCGCCCCAGCUCCUGCCUCCGACCCCCAGACUACGAGGAAAGGAGCCAUCUGCACGACGCCUUCACCCAGAUGACCCACUCCCUGCAGGAGGUGGCCGCCGCCCAGGGGUCCUUUCAGGUUGCCUUUCCUCAUGCCGCGGAGAAAAUGCAGAAGAUUAUAUUACAGCUUAAAGAAGUCCAGGCCUGCAUCCGUCCCUGCGGACUCCAGGAGGUCGCCCGGCGUUUCCGCUGCCGAGGAUGCUACUCUACGGUCUGCGACCUCCCGUUAGACUGCCCAGUUCAGGACUUGACGGUGACUCGGGGUCAUCAGGCUAUGUUCUUUUGCACUGUGAACUUCCAGCUGCCUAAGGAAGAGAUCACCUAUUCCUGGAAGUUCGCAGGAGGUGUGAGUCGGGGAGGGUCCAGCAUGAAGACAGGAGGCGGGUUAUGCUUUACUAGAGGAUGGGGAGUCAGGAUGCAGAGGGUGGGACUCGGUCUAGAUUCAGACUUCGUGCAAGGGGAGGGUCUCGGCAUUUAAGGGUAAGGGGCAAGCUCACAAUGCAGAACCAGAGCUCAGGGGUGGGUUAUCCGUAGUUUUCGGCGGGAGAGCAAAUACUAGGCCCAAGAGGCGGAGUCAAGACUUAGGAGGCGGGACUAUGCGUGAAAGAUCGGCGAAUAAGAGCUGAGGGUGGGGCCAGGGCUCAGAAAGUCGUGGUCUAGCUCGGGGGCGGGGCUUUACGUUGUGGUUUGGCGAGUCGGGGCGGAGAGGAUCUCUUCUGGGCUCGGGGCUGGGGGCCCUCCUCCUCUCGCCGCUCCAGCCCAAGCGUCCCGCAGCUCCGGACUCAGGAC